AUGGUUCGAGACUCCCCAUUUCUUAGCCCCACUCCAGCCCCAAGCUUUUCAGCCCACCAGCCCCAGCCCAGCCACCAGCUCCAGCCCCCUGUUCCCACCCCAGCCCCACCCUGUUCCCCACCCCACCAGCCCUUCACCCUGUUCCACCCCUGUUCCCAGCCUCCACCCCAGCCUGUUCCCACCCUGUUCAGCUCCCAGCCAGCUCCCCAGCUCCACCCCCACCCCACCUGUUCCCCCAGCUCACCCCUGCCUCCUGCACCUGUUCCCACCCCACCCCCAGCCUGUGCCCAGCCCCACCUGUUCCCACCUGUUCCACCAGCCCUGUUCCUGUUCCACCCAGCCCCUGUUCCAGCUCCACCCUGUCUCCAGCUCCCUGUCUCAGCCCUGUUCACCCCUGCUCCCAGCCCUGUUCCCAGUCUCCCAGCCCACCCCUGUUCCCACCCCAGCCUCACCCCACCACCUGCUCCUGCCCCUGUUCCCAGCCCCCACCUCCUGUUCCACUCCCACUCCCCAGCUCACCCCAGCCUCAGCCUCCCCCCCUGUUCAGCCCCAGCUCCCAGCCUCACUCCCAGCCUCCACCUCAGCCCCACCUGUUCCCAGCCUCCACCUUCAGCCCACUCCCAGCCCACCCCUGUUCACUCCAGCCUCCCAGCCUUCUGUUCACCACCCCACUCCCCACCACCCCACCUCCCAGCCCACCAGCUCCCCACCCCACCCCAGCCCCACCACCUGUCUGUUCUGUACCCCACCCCACCCCACCUGUUCAGCUCCCACCCCACCCACCCCAGCCCACCUCUGUUCACCCCACUGCAUCCUGUUCCACCCUGCCCCUGUUCACCACCUGUUCCCAGCCCCACCCCACCCACCUGUUCCUGUUCCACCCUGUUCCAGCCCCUGUUCUGUUCCACCCAGCCCUGUCCCCUGUUCCCACCCCCACCUGUUCACCCCUGUUCCACCUGUUCCCACCCUGUUCCACCUGUUCACCCCUGUUCCCACCCCACCCCACCACCCCAGCCCCACCCCCCAGCCCCUGUUCCAGCCCAGUUCCACCUCCCUGUCUGUUCCUGUUCCCACCCCUGUUCACCCACCCCAGCCCUGUUCCCACUCCCACCUCCUGUUCCCAGCCCACCUCAGCCCCACCACUCCCACUCCCAGCCCCACUCCCAGCUCCUGUUCCCCACCCAGCCUUCAGCCCCUGUUCUGUUCCCACCCCAGCCCCCAGCCCCCAGCCCACCCCUGUUCAGCCCCACCCCAGCCCCAGCCUGUUCCCCAGCUCCACCCUGUUCCCACCCCCUGUUCCCAGCCCCACCCACCCCCAGCCUCAGCCUCACCUCACCACCCAGCCCCACUCCACCUCCCACCAGCUCCCACCCCCUGUUCAGCCCCCUGUUCCAGCUCCCAGUUCACCCCAGCCCAGCUCCCCAGCUCAGCCCCACCCCAGCCCCUGUUCCCACCCCAGCCUGUUCCCAGCCCCACCAGCCUGUUAGCCCCCCAGCCCCAGCUCCAGCUCCCCAGUUUGUUCCCUCACUCCUGUUCCUCAGCCCUCAGCCCACCAGCUUCAGUUUUAGCUUAGCUCCUGUUUAG